AUGGACCGCGCAAUGGCCGACCUGGCUAUCAACGACACGACAAAAGACCAAUUGACGCCCUUUGGCAAGCCCAUGCUCAAGCAUUGGCUCUUUGACCCCGCCUACAAAAACCUCAACCACGGCUCCUUCGGCGCACAUCCAGCGGUGGUGGGCGCCGCCCAGCGCAAAUUCCUGGAUAUCGCCGACGCAAGUCCAGAUAUCUACGUGCGCCAACAGCACGUCUCAUACCUGGACGCGGCUCGCGAGGCGACAGCCAAGCUCUUGAAUAUCCCGACGGAUGAGUGCGUGUUCGUCAAGAACGCCACGACGGGCGUUGCGACGGUGCUGCACAAUCUCGCGUUCAAGUCCAAUGAAGCCAUCGUCUACUUUGACCCCGUCUACGGGGCUGUCGAGCGGGGAAUCAUCUCCCUGCAUGAAUUGAACGGCGUCCAGGGUCGCAAAGUGGCCUUUCAGUUCCCCAUUGCCGAGGAUGAACUGGUGCGCCGCUUCCGCGAGGUCGUGCGCCACGCCCGUGAGGCUGAGAAGCUCACGGUCCGCGCGGCGGUCUUUGAUACCAUCGUCAGUAACCCUGGCGUCCGCUUCCCCUUUGAGCGGUUCACGGCGAUCUGUCGCGAAGAGGGGAUCCUCAGUGUCAUUGACGGAGCUCACGGCAUUGGAAAUAUCCAUCUGGAUCUGAGCAAACUGCAGCCUGACUUUUUCACCUCGAACUGCCACAAAUGGCUCUACACCCCCCGCAGCGCAGCGGUUCUCUACGUUCCCAAGCGCAACCAGCAUUUUAUGCGGACGACCCUCCCAACCUCCUGGGGGUUCAUUCCCGCGCCAACAUCAGCUCAGACCAAAGCUUCGGUCCUGAAAGACCCCCAGGCACCAGUGACAAAGAGUCCGUUCGAGGAACUGUUCGAAUUCGUCGCCACCAGCGACGACUCGGCGUACCUGUGCGUGCCCGCGGCGCUGAAAUUCCGAGCAGAAGUCUGCGGCGGCGAAGACGCCAUCAUCUCGUACUGCGAGCGUCUCGCCAAUGAAGCUGCCGACGCCGUCUCCGCCGCGCUGGGCACGGAUGUGCUCCAGGAACCGGAUCUCAAGCCCGGCGAGAUCAGCAAUAUGCGCAGGUGUACCAUGACCACGGUCCGGCUGCCUCUUGCCAUUGCUAUUGCCUCCGGCGAGGAACAGGUGAAACAACCGGAGCCGUUGGCCACAUUCUCCGAGGAAGAUGCGACCCUCGUGGAGGGGUGGAUCAAGCGUACACUCAUGGAUCAGUACAAGACGUUUGUUCCGCCUUUUGCCCACGGCCCGUGGCUGUGGGUUCGGCUGAGUGCUCAGGUGUAUCUGGAGAAGAGUGAUUUCGAGUGGCUGGGUGGUGUUCUGCGGGAUUUGUGUGAGCGUGCUGCGAAGGGGGAGUAUCGGAACUAG